CUUCCGCCACCGGUGCCGCCGCAGCAUGGCUGCCGUUCCCCCCGACUCCUGGCAGCCGCCCACCGUUUCCAUGGAGACCACAAUGAGCCUGCUGGUGCUGGAGCUGCACUGACAACACAGCCAUUGGCUUUGGUCUGAAGCUGGGGAUGAUGGGCCCACUCAUGCUGGAGCUGUACUGGCAACAUGCCCCCCGCACCUGCAAGAACUUUGCUGAGCUGAGCCGUCGUGGGUACUACAAUGGCACCAAGUUCCACCGCAUCAUCAAGGACUUCAUGGUUCAGGGAGGGGAUCCCACGGGUACCGGCCGUGGUGGUGCCUCCAUCUACGGGAAACAGUUUGAGGACGAGCUGCACCCUGACCUGAAGUUCACUGGUGCUGGGAUCCUGGCAAUGGCCAAUGCAGGGCCGGACACCAAUGGAAGCCAAUUUUUCCUGACACUGGGCCCGGCACAGUGGCUGGAUGGGAAGCACAGCAUUUUCGGGAGGGUGUGCCAGGGAAUGGGGGUGCUGGGGCGCCUAGCCAUGGUGGAGACCAACUCCCAGGACCGACCCCUUGAUGAUGUCAAGGUCAUCAAGGCAUAUCCCUCGGGGUAGGGGUGCGGGGUGGCCUCCCUCCAAAUUGUACUGCUCAUUUAUAAUAAAAGAGGUUGGAUGUGG